AUGAUAUAUAUUCAAAAAGAACUAAAACAAGAAAAAGACAAGAUAAUUCGAAUAUUUUUAAAUGACGAUACUGAAAUAAGCGAAAAUAAACACUGCAAAAUAUUAUUAAAAAAAGGUUCUAAAUUUCUAGAUAUUUAAGAAAAGCUAAGAAGAGGAUUAAAUUUUUAUAUAAAAAAGUUUCUUAGAUUAUACACAAAUGAAGGAAUAGAAAUAUAUGAAUAGGACCUAUAAUUUUUAUAAGAUGGUAUAAUGUUAUUAGCUAGUGAUGGACAAGAGUAUAACUCUUCAAAAAGUUUUUCUGAAUAUAAGAAAUUAAAAGUAUUAGGAUAAGGAGGAUUCGGAAAAGUUAUUUUAGGAGAACAUAGAUUUACAAAACAAAAAGUAGCAAUAAAAAUAGUAGAUACAAAUUUAAUUAGUAACGCUUCCGAUAUUGAUAUGGUUUUUAGAGAAGCUGAAUUAUUAAAAAGUUUAAAGCAUAAAAAUAUUGUAACAAUAUAUAAUUGUUAUACUUUGAAAACAAUGUAAGUAGUAUAUAUAAUGGAACAUCUUUCUGGUGGCGAAUUAUUAGAAUAUGUAUAAAAAAAAGGAAGAUUAUGUGAAAUUGAAGCAAGGGAAUUUUUUUCUUAAAUAGUAGAAGGAAUCAGAUAUUGUCAUUCAGAAAAUUUAGUACAUAGAGAUUUAAAAUUAGAAAAUAUUCUACUGAAAUCUAUCGAUGAUAAAUGUAUUAAAAUUAUUGAUUUUGGAAUUUCGGGAAUGGGAAAUACUAAUCAUUAAAAAAUAAAUAUAGGAUCUUUAAGAUAUAUGUCUCCAGAAGUUCUGUAAAAUAAAAUUAAACAUAUAUAACCUAGUAUUGAUAUUUGGAGUUUAGGUGUCAUUUUAUAUGGUCUUUUAUGCGGAUAUUUACCAUUUAAUGACUAUGUUUUUUAAAAAAAUAUCUAAUAUUAAAAAUUCCAAAAAUAAAGACUUUAAAAAUAAUAAGGAGAUAUUAGAUUAUAAAUAAAUAAAGAUUACGGAGGGAUAUAUGUCCCUAAUUAAAUUGGGUAUAUUAAAUAUACUGCGGGAACUAAUCUAAGAGAUAUUAAUCAUCGUAGAAUUUUUUAUUCUCCUAUUAAAAAAAAUUAAAAUGAUAUAACUAAAGAAAAAAUAAACGAUAAAUAAAAUUAAUCGGCAUGA